GACCUUUCUUUGUCGCUGAUAUUCUGUUGUUAAAUAUCUGCUUCCAGCGCCCCACGCUACUUUGGUAACAAACCUGUUUUGGCAAAAUAUUGGCACAGUGGAAAAAAAAGAGUAAGAGAGCCAGCGAUUUCAUGUAGGAGUCAGCGGUACGUAUAUUGUCUCAAAAUGGCGGACAGAUUCGCAAGGUUUCACGAAAAGCGGUCGUAUUACGUUGAUAUUCCGACAGAGAACGAUGCGUUCGAGCUGGAAGACGAUGAGAUUGUGGAAAAGGCGAACUUGAACGCACCUAUCCCUGAGUACUGCACCCAUUAUGUCCCACUCCCCAGGCAAAUGUUGGAUACCAGCUUGCCCUCAAGAUGGGCUGGAAAAGUGGCGGAGGACUGGGAAGGAAGUUGCAAGGUCGUACAGAUCCUCUUCCCAUUAUUUUAAAAGAAGAUUUCACAGGAAUUGGAAGGAUGAAGCUUGAGUUUCAACAAGCAGAGGAGACUACAAGUAAAAGAAAAACUCUGGAGAUCGAGAAAGAAGACACACAAGAACUGAGGCAGAAAUAUCAGACUGAACAAGAAAAGGAAAAGAUUAUUGAAGAAAGCCUGCAAGACCUGAAAGAAAUGUUCUACUGUGAGCUGUGUGAUAAGCAGUAUUUCAAGUACAAGGAGUAUGACAACCACAUCAACUCCUAUGACCACGCACAUAAGCAAAGACUUAAGGAUUUGAAGCAGCGUGAAGCUACAAGAAAUAUAUAUGCAAAGAAAAAACGAGAACAGAAACAGAUGGAAAAAGAGCUUCAAAGACUGCACUUGAUCGCAGAACAGAAAGCUGACAGAAAGGCUCAAAUGGAACCUGGAAUUUUCCUGUCGUCAUUUCAGCAAGAAGAUAGACCUCAGGAACCCAAAGGAGAAUUUAAACCCUUAGCACAGUCUAGCAGAUUUAUAUCGAUUCCACCACCCCCACCCACAGAGGAAAUCCCAACUCCCCCACCCCCUCCCCCCGACAGCACACCUAUACCCCCACCGCCCCCUGAUGAACCCCCACCAACACGCCCACCACCCCCGGCCAAUAGAGCAAGCCCUUCACCCCCUGUUAGUAGCAAGGGCAUCAGUAAAGCAUUUUCCAUGAAGAUUGGCACCACAUCAAGUAAUUCGAAAACAGCAGGAGGACUGACCUUUGGGUUAAAGAAAAAGCCUGCUGUAAUGUCGUUUGGAUUUGGGGGGAAGAAGCCAUUAGUUAAAGCACCCCCUUCAGUUUUCAAUGAAUCUGAUAGUGAGGAAGGGGAGGAUGGGGAUGGUAAGGAGGAGGAUGGGGGUAGUCUAGGCGCACAGGAGGAUGAAUCAUUGCCCUCGGCAGUACAGCAAGAGGAUCUUCUCAAAAAGGCUAUAGACUAUGCAGAUACGCUGAACAAACAGGGACCAAAGAUGUUGAUCCGGUUUGUCCGGGGCUCUGAGACUGGUCUUUUACCAGGAACACUAGCAGAUGAACAAGACAAACAUAAAGAUGCUUGUAGGAAAAAAGAAGAAAACAAUUUUAGGGAAAGAAAUUCAUCUGACAGAAAGGACGAUAGGAAAAGAGACAGGGAGGAAGAUCGGAGAAGAGACAGGCCUAGAGAAGAUGAGAGGAGAAGGAAUAGAGAUAGACAGGAUGAGAGCAGGAGGGAUAAAGAUCGGCGGCGAAAAUAGAUACAGAUAGGUUGGACUAGAGGGAGAAGGAUAAAAAAUGAUGGCAAAAAUAGAUCAAAACACUAUCUAAACUUCUGUAUUUAUUUGUAUUGAUAACUUUUAAAAUCAAAACAAAAACAUGAUCAUGAUUUCUGUUCUUCCUUAAUAACCUUGUAUCAAAACGCCAAAGUGAAUUAUUGUAAAAUAAUGGACAACUGGUAGCUCCAUUUGGAUGUAAGUAAAAUUUUUAUCAUAGACUACAAAAGAACAUAUUGAUGAGUGUGUGAUAAAUUAUACCCAUUGUAAACACCCUAUCCAGUCGCCAGAGUAGAAGAGUGGUAAUCAAGUGUUAAAUACCCUGCUAGAAUUCUACAGUUAUUAAUUUUUAGCUGAUUGAUGAUUCCCUCCCUCUAAGCAAAGCUGAACACAUUAAACAUGUGACAUCCGUACAUGUUUCGAGCAUUAUCUUAGACUUGCCCUAAAGGCCUGACAUGUCAAGCGCGACAUGUAGCGUGCGACAUGUCUCCUAGUUUAGCCACCCAAAGAGACAUUGUAGAAGCGACAAAGAAAUGUAACUCAUAUAGUUGAGAAACAUUUUCGUGACGUGCUCUCCAAAAUUUGUUGUGCACUACAUGUUUGUGGCGGUGUCUAAACUAGGAAACAUAGGAGACAUGUCACACGCUACAUGUCGCCUAGUUUAUUUUCACUCAUAUACAGGGGCAGAUCCAGGAGUGCCAAUAAGGGGGGAAUAGGGUUUCAAGAAAGAGGGGGCGGAAUCAUUGUUUCUCCAUGAAUUUUUCUUGUCUAGAAAUAGGGGGGGGGGGGCGCAAUCUGAGUAGAGUUUGCGAUCUAAUAUGCAUUCCCCUGAGUUAGUGAAGCAAACGAAAACAGGCGUGCAGAGAGUUGUCCAGCAAAUGUCAGUUUUUAAAAAGCCAACCAAAAGUCUUGCAUAAGCUGAGUGAAAGCAAUCAACUGUUAUAGAUUUCUAAAGAUAGUUUUCCUGUUAACGCAACAUUUUUUAAUGUUUGAUAUGCCAAUGAGAGGCCUGAAAACAGGAGGCGAUCAAAACUUGCAACAGUCAAAUGUAUUGCUGUGAGAAUAUGGGCACUCAAAUUUGAUCAAAUAAGAUGCAUUUGUGACUUGGUGCCAUUAUAUUUACAUGGGUUUCUUGCCAACUUCUUCCAAUUCAGUAAGAAAUGUAUUGCUAUUUUGUGGCUUAUAACUGGGUCAAGCACAUUCUUUGAAUAAAGUCUAGAAGUGUUCACUCCAA